AUGCCACUGUCAAAUGAUUAUACAAGGCUAUCGCGACUUUAUGCAGCGAUAAAAACAAUAUCUCAACGCACAAAACGUGGUUUACACGAUGUAUGGUAUCCAGCAGCUGCAUUAUUAAAAAGUUUCUAUUCAGAUGAUGGUGAAUCAUUGAGAGUUGAACCAUCAAAUAAUCAGCGAAGCGUUAAACCUGUUGAUGGACCAAUAUCAAUUGAUUAUAUAAAUCACAUGUUAGAAGCACGAAAGGUCCAAAAAUAUUCAUAUCCGAGAGACAUGGACUCUUUGACUAUGUAA